AUGCCCAGCUCGGUGCUCAAAGAUGGCCGGAACGCGCAACUAUACGCGCAGGUGCGUCGACGUAUGAUUGAGAACGGCGACUGGGAUAGGAUUUCGUCGCGUCUGGCACGCGAGCUUAACGAGAGCGGGUGGAUUGACAGGUUUAGGGACCUGAGCAAAGAGACCGCGCGGAGGGCAGACACAACCGGUGGCAUCUCAGUCGAGGCGCUCAUGACUGAGCUGGGACCACAAGCCCAAGAUGAGGUCCCUAGUGCUGUGAGACAGGACGUCAUCGGCGUCCUUCGCAAACUGUUGGAACGGCAGAUCGAGUUCUGA